AUGGUAUGUUCAAUGCUGUUGUCAACAGAGAGUAGUGCUCAAGAACUGCAAAUCACAACCGCGGCUUCAAAAGUAGCGGAGUCAAAGAUUACCGCUACCUCUGACACAAAAUCAAGGAUUGAUUCAAAACCUGACAGUGGUACAAAAUCAGGCGAUGGUACGGAACCUACGAAUGGCAUAACACCUGGCGAUGGAACGAAAUCAGGUGAUGGUACCAAACCGACAGAUGGUACUAAACCAGGCGAUAGUACAAAACUGACUAAUGGUACCAGAUCAGGGGAUGGUACCAAACCAACUAAAGGUACCAUACCAGGCGAUGGUACCAUACCGCCUAAUGGUAUCACUUUAGGCGAUGGUCCCAGACCGACUAUUGUUACCAAAUCAGGCGAUGGUACCAGACCGACUAAUGCUACCAAAUCAGGCAUCAAGACAGAGGAUGGUAAGCCGAACAGAACUACGAAUACAACUGGCGGAAAACCAGCUGGGAAAACUGAAGACGGUAAUGAAAACGCUAAAAAAGAGAAAGGUGACGAGAACAACAAAGACACCAAUACGCCCACAAGAGAAUCCGGCCAAAAGAAUGAGACAGGAACCAAAGGUGAAAAAGGUGAAACGAAGGAUGGUGGAAAGAGUGAUAGCAAACCCGAUUCAGACACCAAACAUGAUAAUGAUGAUGGCGGUAAGGGUGGUAAGCCGGAUAAUGGUAAAAAAGGUGCAAAUGACACUAAUGGCAGUAAGGACGGUAGGCCAGAUAAUGAUAAAAAAGGUGCCAAUGACACUAAGAAAGGUGAAGACACCAAACAUGAUAAAGAUGAUGGCGAAAAGGGUGGUAAGCCGGAUAAUGGUAAAAAAGGUGCAAAUGACACUAAUGGCAGUAAGGACGGUAGGCCAGAUAAUGGUAAAAAUGAUGCCAAUGACACUAAGAAAGGCGGAGACUCUAAAGAUGGUAGGAAUGAUGAAAAUAAGGGUGGAAAGAACGACAAUACGAAGGGUGAAGGUGGCAAGCCUGGUGAUAGAAAUAAGGGGGCAAAUGACACAAAGAAAAGCGAAGACUCUAAAGGUGGUAGGAAUGAUGAAAAUAAGGGUAGAAAGAACGACAAUAAUAUGGAUGGAAAGAACGACAAUAAGAAGGGUGAAGGUGAAGAAGCGAAAUUCUAUUUUUGUACCAUCUAG